AUGUGGCUCCUGCUCAAACCAUUACAGCAUCCCCACUUUGGUGGGAAACAGCCCAAGAAGCACAUACUUCCCCGCUGCCUAAACGUUGCUUGCAAAGAGGAAAAAGAUGAAAAAAUUAAAAAGCUCACUGAAGAAGUACAGCACCUCAAAGACGAAGUUCGUAAGUAUGAAAUAUUUUACACUUUCACACAAUUGAGGACCAACAAUGAUAGACACAAUGCAACAUAAAUUUGUAAUGCUUCUAGGGUUACCCUUUCAAUAUAAACAUUUGCAGACAUAAUUUUUCUUUGACAAUAGUAUAAGACACUCCUGCAUUAGUUUAUUUCCAGCCAUGUAGCAUACGCCAGUUCAUGUAUGUGUCAGCAAGUUGCACAAGCAGUCUCUUGUCAGGAAGACUGAGAGACAAAGAAGUUGCAUUCUCAAAAUGUGGCGUGUUUUUUUUGCUCUAAAACACAAUAAAUAUUAAUAAGUCUCACUGCAAAAAAUAAGCCUAGCUCCCUCAACCCUAUCGACCCAAGGGGUUCUUUGAUUGUUGGUUUUGUUUAUCUUACUAUUUAUUAAGCCACAUCUGACCAAGAAUAAACGUACAGUAUAUUAUACUUUCCUAGGAAAAAUAAAAGAACAAGCUGGAAGUGUUCUCCCACCAUGUAAGGGUCAAGGGAAAAUGUCAAGGGAGGAAGCUACUACACUUGGCGUAAGGCAUUAAGAGAUAAUGCUUACGUGCUAUAAUGUUUGUGUGAAGUGAAUUGCUUUAACUCCUUUUUAUUCCUUACUUCAGCAUCCAGAAGGCUACAGUUUAUGCUAUUUGCUGAAAGCAAAUGUUCCAAAUUAAUGUCUCACAAACUGCUUAUCAUUCCGGCUCAAUUAAUAAUAAAAUAUUGUUUAAAGGUUAAAAAGAUCUCCUUUUUUAAUGUAAAAAAAAUUAAUCUUCUUGUACAGGAUUUAAUACCCUUUGAAGACAACUGUUAUGAGUUGUUUGAAGCUAUGUUUCAUAAAACUUUUAAACCAGUUUCACUUAAAAAAGGUAUUUUGUUUAAAGUAUAUUUUUUCCCUUUAAUAGCUUACAGAACUUGUCAGCGGCUCUGGGGUAUGGAUAUGCCCCAACAAACUUGGCGCAGCCAUAAAGGAUACUGAGAACAAGUCACGAACAGUGCUGGUCUGGUCACUCCUUUGUAGAUUUUAUGACAAAGAAGAGCUUCUCUCAAAGAACUUCAGCGAUUUAGAUAAGGAAAUCACUGAAGCUGCUAUUGGUAGUGACAGGAUAUAUUUGGUUAUACACAGACUAGCUUCAUUGAUAUUGUGAUUUUUGCAUUAUUUUUGACCAUUCAAACUCAGCCAAUUUCUUUAACCCUGGCAACACAUUUUCGUUUCAAGGUUAGUAAUCCACUGUUAAGUGAAAUUCUCAGUGUGCUUGAUUCAAUAGUGCCGGUGAUGCUUGUGAACAGUGUGGAAGGUUAAAAUUAAAUGAAUUGAUAGAACUCUGUUUUCAGAAUUAAGUCUUUACUUUUGAGAGAUCAUUUUGGAAAACCUGCUAUGGUGUUGACCAUUUUAGUGGGCAUAAGGCCAAGUCACAAAAAAUAAUGUUUGCAUCUUCCAACUAAAAUUAUGCAUAUUAAGUGUGCCCCGCUGACAAAACUUGACAAAAUAUAAAUAAAUCUUAAAUAUAAUUGCAUUUUGCUUUAUUCAUUGUACUAAAACGAAGGCUGUGUCAUGGCAAAAAAGUUGUUUCAGAAAAAUGACUCUAUUAGUUCUCCUUUUUUCCAGAUUUUGCGAUGGUUGCAAGGCUUGGUGAAGUAAAAAAUGUGGGGAAAGCUGACCUGAGACAGGCACUCCGGCAUAAACUGAACUCAAUGAAAUCUCCGUGUAGCAAGCCAGAGUACUUCCAAGGUAAG